AUGAGGUUUCUCAGACUUGCAGCUGAGCUGCUACUGGUAGCCAGCACUGCCGAGGCCGUUCGCCCCGGAGAUCUUCCGCUCACGGGUGCGCCGGCUGUUCACCUCAACGCUCCGUCUCCCGCCGAUGGCGUGCAGAAGCGAGCGGACAGCCCUAUCCACUGGGCCUGGUUCGACCAGCUGCUGGACCACAGCAAGCCGGAGCUGGGCACGUUUAAGCAGCUGUACUACUACAGCUACCAGGACUACGCCGGGCCCGGCUCGCCCAUCAUCAUGAACUCGCCCGGCGAGAACGAGGCGACGGGCUGGAACGGCUACGUGACCAACACGACGCUGGCGGGCAAUUUCGCCAAGAGCGUCGGCGGCGCGACCAUCCUCCUCGAGCACCGCUACUGGGGCUACAGCUCGCCGUACGCCAACCUGACCACGGACAACCUGCAGCUGCUGAACCUGGACCAGCACCUGCAGGACCUCGUCUACUUUGCGCACAACGUCAACCUCACCUUUGACCCGACCGGCUCCAGCCGGCCGGACAAGGCGCCGUGGGUGCUUACCGGCUGCUCGUACAGCGGCGCCGUCACGGCCUGGCUGCAGGCGCUGUACCCGGGCACUUACUGGGCAUACCACGCGUCCAGCGCCGUCGUCGAGGCCAUCACCGACUUCUGGCACUACCAGGAGAUCGUCUACCAGGCGAUGCCCAAGAACUGCAGCGCCGACUACACCAAGAUUGUCGCGCACGUCGACAAGGUGCUCACGACCGGCACCGACGCGCAGAAGCAGAAGCUCAAGAAGAAGUUUGGCUUCGAGCCGCUUAACGACGUUGACUUUGCCCUGGCGCUGAUGGACGGCAUCUGGCUGUCCCAGAAUCUCGGCUUUGGCGAUCAAAAGCGCAACACGACGGAUAGCUUCCACGGGUACUGCGACUACAUCGAGAACCGCUGGCCCGGCAGCGACGCUCCCCAGCCUGGCCCCGAGGGCGUUGGUCUCUGUGCCGCCGUCAACGGACUCUCCAAGUGGUACAAGGACCUCAUCAUUCCCGGUGGUUGUGCCAGCUGGCGCUACUCCCGAUGGACCGACAAGAUGGAUCUUGGCUGCUGGGUCAGUGAAGACGCGACCAGCCCCGUGUACCGCGACACGAGAGUCAACAACUUCCAAAACCGUCAGUGGAGGUGGAUGCUUUGCAACGAGCCGUUCGAGUGGUGGUUCACCGGCGGAGCCCCCGACGGGCGACCCCGCAUGACCAGCAAGCUGGUGACGGUCGACCUGUGGCGGCGCCAGUGCGACCUCUACUUCCCCGAGGUCAACGGCGCCAAGCCCGGUCUUCGCCGCGGCCGCACGUCGGAGCAGAUCAACGCGCGCACAGGCGGCUGGGGCGGCUGGGUGGACGACACGGAGCGGCUGAUGUGGUGCGACGGCGAGCUGGACCCGUGGCGGGCGGCGACGGUGUCGUCGCCGUGGCGGCCGGGCGGCCCGCUCAAGUCGACGGCCAGGGCGCCGGCGUGGGUGGUGCCGGGCGCGUCGCACUGCUCGGACAUGCUCCUGCGCAACGCCGAGGCCAACGCGGACCUCAAGAAGGUGUGGGACGCCGAGAUUGAGCAGGUCAGCAAGUGGGUGGGCGAGUUUUACGCGGUGAACAAGAAGCCGUGGCCCAAGUAUAACUAG